AUGGAGAUUGCUUACCCAGAGUGAUGGGGUUUUGUUUCUUUGACCAAUCUCUGCAAGCUGUGUCCUGUUGGUCAGGAGACAGCCACGAGAUCUGGUUGAGUUCUUGUGUAGACUCAGUUUAGAUGUAGUGUAAUAUAAUAUAGAAUAAUAUAGUAUAAUAAAGUAAUUAAUUAGCCUCUGAUAUCGAUGGAGUCCUCCUUGUCAUUUCUCCUGCUGUGGGGUUGCCUUGAAUCCCAUACAGAGGUGUCUAGCCUCAUCAGUGAGGGUUUUGGCAUAUCCUUAUUAUAAUGGGCAUUACGCAGAUCAAAAGUUAAUUUGAUCCUGAGAGUUCUGAUUAAUCUUCCUGCAAGUGCUGCAAACCACAGUCCUUAAAGUAAUGAAUAAAAAGAUGAAGCUCCAAAAUGCCGGUAGGUUCCAAAUUCUGAGUGCUGCAAACAGGCUCAGGCAGCAGAGGAUGGCCCAGAGUAAAACAACAUUCCUGGAGGAAUGAGGCCACCACAAUCACAAGGAUUACCCCUCCCAUUGCUGUGCAGAGCUCUGGGGAGCAUUCUCAGGAGGAAUCCAAAGUGGAACUGAGCUGGUCCGUGGCAAUCCUGCCCAGAGCAGCUGGUGGGACAGGAGAUGGCUCAUGCAGGGAUGGACGUGGGCAGGUUCUGAGUGCCUGUAACACACUGCUGCUUCCCGAGGGGGAGAGGAGGCAUGGAGGGGUCACUGCACAGCCCCUGCAUGGCCAAACCUCAGCUCUGGAGAGCAGAGAACCCUGAGAAGGGCAGAGCCAGCAGCCCUGGGCUGCUCUGGCGGGUGCAGGAGCUGGCUGGGCAGGGUGCUGUUCUCUCUUGCUGCUGUGUCUGGGUGCCAUUUCUCCCUUCCAGGCUGCGGAUACCCCUGAGUGUCCAGAGCAGCAGGCCAGAGGCUGCUGCCAGGCUGCAGAGGGACUGGCUGGCCCUGCUGGAGCGGCACUGCCAGCCUGGCAGCGCUGCCACCCCGGGGGGCUCCCAGGGAUGCAGCUCCCCCGAAGCUGACUAUGAGGAAUUCAUUGUGCCUGUGGAUGAGCAGAGAGAGGAGACGCCCAACUUUGGUGGGAAUUCUGCAAGGAGCAGCCUGAGCAAGCCUGCAGCAGCCCUGGCAGGGACUGCAGAGGGGCAGGCAGCCCCAGCUCUGCCACCUGCCCUGGGCAGGGCCGAGGUGCCACCAGCCCCACCUGCCCUCCCACAGCCCUGCAGUGCCCCUCCAGCAGCAAAGAGGACCAAAGCCUUUCACUGGGAUGUCGUUCCUUGUGACAAGAUUCAAAAAUCUGUCUGGGGAUCGUGUGACCCGUGCAAGAGGAAAAUAGAUGUGUGCAGGCUGUGUGAGCAGUUCCAGAUCCAGGACACAGCAGUGCCUCUGGGCAGCGAGCCUCCCGUGAAUCAGCACAUCCUGCUGGACAGAAAAGUUGCGCACAACUUCAACAUUUUUCUUAAAAGUUUCCGUAUAAAACCGAGUGAGCUGAAGGACAAACUCUUCAUCAUCCACGAGGAGAGUGGUGGGCUCACAGAUGAGCAGAUUACAGCGCUGAGAAGAUAUUUGCCCACACCCAAAGAUGCAGAAAGGUACCUGUCCUUCAAGGGGCCUUGCUCAGAGCUGCACGUGGUUGACCAGUUUAUGUUAGAGAUGUGUAAAAUCCCCCAGCUGGGCCAGAGGCUGGAUCUGCUGCUCAGCGUCCGUGAGCUCCCCGAGAGCAUCAGAGACCUGGAGCCCCUGAUCAUCCAGAACAUCCAAGCCAGCAAGCAGCUGCAGUCCAGCCCCAAGUUUGUUGCUGUCUUGGAGUACAUCUUAGCCAUGGGGAACCACCUGAAUGAAAAAGCUGGGAAAGAGGUGGCCAAAGGAUUCCGACUGUCAUCUCUGGCCAAACUCUCUCUGCUGAGGGGCAGGGACAGGACGUUCACCCUUCUGCACGCCCUGGUGGAACAGAUCCUCCUGCACCAGCCCGAGCUGGCCACCUUUCCUCAGGAGCUGACAGAGUUUGAGGCUGUUCCUGAUGCGUCCAUGAAGGGCCUCAGUGCUGAAGUUGAUGUUUUAAAAAAAGAACUGGAGAACCUUGUCCAGUGCAGGAGGCUCCUCAAACCCAAAGCAAGCAAGGCAGCACCCCAGGAGUCCCAGUUCUGCAAGGAACUGAAGGAUUUAAUUCAGAAAUAUGAAGGGGAUCUCUCCCAGCUGUCAAAAAGAUGUGAGGAAAUGAAGAAGCUUUAUAGCAACGUACUGGUGAGGUUUGGGGAGCCAGCAGACCUGGACUCCCAGGAGCUCUUUGGGUGGAUCUCUUCCUUCCUCUGCGAGUUCAGGAAGGCGUGUGCUGAAGUCACACCAUGAGAACACACAUUUUAUGGGCAGGUGAGGGAAGGAGGAGCCCAGGAAACAAUUUUUAAUUGUUUUUUUUUCAUUGUUGAUAAGCAGCACCUUGCCAAGCUCACCUGUGCAGCAGAACACCUUGAUUUUGAGAGACAUUCUAUUUCAAAUCUGUAAUUUUAUGUGGUAUUUAACCUGUAAUAUCCCAGGUCACUGAUGAGCCUCUCAGUUUUGUGCUUUUUACCUUGAGAUUCCCAUAUAUAGAAAAAACCCCCACUUUUGACCUUUUAUAAUUUCUCUUUUCAGUCUUUUCCUUUGAAUACCCCGACUUCUGACCCAGUUUUAAUUAUUAUUUCCAUUAUUCUGUAUGAUGAUCUAAUUUCUAAAGAAUACUUCACACAUUUUUAUAAUGAAAUGGGGAGCUGUUACCCACAGAGGGGAAUAUUUAAACAGAUUCUUGUUUAUUUUGUUAUUAAACAUUGCAAACUUACUAUGUAAUGAAGAAA